UUUAUUAUGUCAUUACCAAUAGCAAUUGCUGAAAUUGAAAACAACGCUGUAUUACUCUCAUUCCAAUUCUCCAAUUAUUUCCAGACGCUCAACUUAUAAUCUUACAAAUAUAUUCUAUGUAUGGUUUCUCCAAUCAAUGUAAUUUACUGUUUCGUUCAUAUGUUCAGUUGUAAUUUUAAUGAAAAUAGAGCGAAGAAGGUAGUUCAGCGCUCAGUGCUUUUAGUGGAACGUAAGUGUUUUAUAUGCAACAUUUGAAAUACAGUCUUCGUAAGCUUUUGUGUAAUUUAACUCCACAUACUACAAAAUAUAUCGAGCAAUAUAAUAUUUUCUAGCUCUUUACAUGCGUUACAAUAAUAACUAACAAAAUAGAAAAUUCUUCGUGCAAAGAUAAAAGGCAACGUUUAAGAUGUAAUACAUCGCUUUAUGUUACGUGUUCAGAUUUCUUGUGUUGUGGUAUGAUUAAUUUAAUACACCGAAUCGUAGUGUCUGUGCUAACUGGUAUAAUUUAUGGAUAACUCGAUAUAUAACUGAGUAUUUAUUGUGCAUGGAGGAUUUUGUUUUAUACGAAAAGGAAUAUUGAAAGUUUGCAAAAGCCUAACAUUUCAAUGGAUCUCGAUUUUCCUGAACCAACAGCAACGGCCAAUUAUGUCCUACCUACUCUGCGACUGGAUGAAGGACCAUUUAUAUUUACUUACCUAAAUGCUUUCUUGUCCUACAUUACGCCACACGAUUUGCCAGUAGUUAAUUGUGUUUUAGAAUUACUGCGAGAUGCCUUUCAUUCCAGAUUGUCAAUUAUGGAAUUGUUAAUGGAGGCACUUAAAAUCGAAUCGGGAUUUAUUUGCUUGAUAUCAUUAUUUUUGGUAAUAUCGCUGAUACCACUGGGAAUCGUGGCUGCUUGGAGCUGUGGACGAGGAUCGAAAAAUCUUACUGAUGACUGUGGUGUGGGUGAUGGCGUUCCACCAGUUGAUCCAUUAACACUCGAUGAAACCGUAGGAAAUGUUAUUCAUUGUCGCAGAAAAGUUUUGCAAUUUUUGUUGCAAUUUAUUUUAUUGUUGUUGAUAUGUUCCGCCUCGACAAUGAUUAUAACAAACGAAGAAAUCUCAGCGGCCGUUGAUAAAACCCCGGACGUUUUGCGGGCGUCUCUCAAAGACAUUGAAGCAUUUCUAAAAGAUUCUCACAAACAAAUACUAUUUAGUGUUCACGAGGGUAUGAACACAGUAUCGGAUCGGUUAAGGCUUGACUUUGAAGAAAUUGAUAAGCUUCUCGGUGAUCCAAUCCAAAGAGAUUUGGAAUUAAGUACCGGUAUUGAAAGCUCGUUGGAUGUAAUGAAUGGGAUUUGUUCCACAAAUUAUGAAAUCGUUCAUCGUAUUCAAAUUUUACACGAUUCAAUAGCAAAAGCGAUUUUAAUAUCGCAUGAUGCCUUUACUCGAAUCGAGGAACUGCAAACACAAUUGACUGUUCUUCAACGGCAAUGUGUCGGCCGUGAUCGUUCUUUAUGCGAAACUUUAAAAAUUAAGGGUCUGGAUGAGACUAACAUUAUUGGGAAAUUGAUCAAGUUACAAACAGAUCCAUCACUGUACAAAAUGCUAACACUUGGCGAACUUGAAUCUAACGGAGUUAAAAGAAAUUUAUCAAUGGAAAUAAAACAUGCGCGACAAUUCUUUCAAGGAUUUUCGAUGAGGAUUAAAGUUAAUGCCACAAAGCAUUGGAAUGACAUAAAUAACGAAUUAACUGCAAUGAAAGAUGCAACCCUGGCUUCAACGAAUGCAUUAAGUUUCUCAGUUCGCGCAAUUAUUGAUCGAGCCGAUAAAACAUGGACGCUUACUUUACCGGUACUCGACGACAUUAACGAUGUAUCACAUUUCCUUUGGUCGUUGUCUCUGAUAACUGCUGUGAUUGUUUUUAUCGUGACACUAUUACUACUUGGAGGACUAGGCUAUGGCUGCGCUCGUUCCGAAAAUCGGGCUCGGCUGACAUUCAUUAUUGCUGCAACUGCCAUUAGUCUGGGGUGCAUCGGUUUAGGAAUGUUUACUAUAUUUGUUAUGCUGCUGGGUGGUCAUGGAGAAGUGUUUCUUUGCCGUCCGCUGUACGAAUCUCCGAACUACAGUGUGCUAACAAAAUUACUUGAUCGUCCGGGACUUGUAUAUGGAAAUGGAACCAGGAACGGAAUUAUUGCCGAUAUUUUGAAGCCCUCUGGUUCACCACUGAAUGCAACAAUCUUUAAUGCAACGUUAAGUGGUGCUUUAAAGAAAUGUGAGAACAAUCAGUCGACGUUUAGUGUAUUUGGCGUUGAAGCAUUGAUGAACUUAACAGAUGUCACUGAGUUGAAAAAAUAUCCCCGACUUGAAACGGCUAUAGACCAAUUGUCCAUCACGGCACAUUCAUUUUCGUCAUACACCGAACAUCUGCAAAGCAUUCUCGAGUUUAUGUUCGUGAGUGCUAAUAUCGAUCUAGCUGCAUAUAGAACCGAUUUAAGCAGUCCCACACCCGAACGAGACUUAUCAACUUUCAUCGAUCAGGUUCAGCGGGUUUCACUACAGAUUCAAGAUGUUGCCACAUCAUCCCGAAUGACGACAUUGAGCACUCGGGCAAGACGACUACAGACGGCUGUAUUUCAGCCACUCGAAAAAACGAAAAACGAUAUCAUUUAUCACCUGACUGCACUAGAACUGCAACGAGGACCAUGGUCACAUCAAGUAAAUCAGAGUUUGCUACAGUUGAAAACUGCUCAAUUUUUCUUAAGCCAAAAAGCGAACGAUGUUUGUGUCGCGAAAACGAGAGAUUUUAAAGAAAGACUUAAACAUCACAUAAAACACAACAAGCACCACCUUUUGUCGCUACUCAAUGAACGUACAGCCUCGUGUCGUCCGUUGUUCGACAUAUUCAAUGCUAACCGUAUGUUGUUGUGCCAUCACACAAUCGCACCAUUGAAUGGACUGUGGUUUUCCGCACUUUUAUGUUUGACUUUUUGGAAUUUAGCGACACCAAUAUCGUUGGCACUGGCAAAUAUUUAUGGACGAAUGGGACUGUCUAGAGGACUGAGACACACAAAUAGUCAUCAGGCUCCUGCUGAUUCUUUAAUUAUUUCGGAGCAGAGCAAUUGGGCAGCAUCUAGCUCUCAACGGACACCCAGAAUUGACAGGCGGGCCAUGAGGCAUGCAAGUGUGAGAAGUGCCAAAUCGGAAACUUCUAAUUUUGUUUUUGAUGAAUGAGGAGUCGUCAGAUUCGAAUCAGAGUUGGAUUAAUGUUUCGAAUAAAAUGUAAAAAAA